AUGAGACGCCAAUCGCGCGCGCAGCCACUGCCUUUCGGCCCCUCGCAGACCUCGGCCGCUCAUAAACCGGAGUAUCAUCUCCAACCGGGCUUUACCCACUUGCCCUCCCCAGUUUCUCCUGCCGUCGCUGUCCCUUUCCCUUUCGGCCCUUCUUCUCCCGUUUCGCCUCGGAUUCUGCCGUCUAUUGACUCUCAGCUGCUCUCCCCGGUCUCGCCCAUGUCUAGUAUUGUCGACGAUCACAGAAGUCAGCGCGCGUCGACGAGCUCGACGAGCUCUGGUUCGAAUUCCGACGAGUCUAUGGUUUCCUCGGUCGUGUCCUUGAGUUCGGAGAGCUCUUCGGACUUCCCCGCGACACCCCCGACUUCCUUGCCCGGCUCUCCAUCAUCCACCAGCUCAACGUUCAGCGGCAAGCUUCGCCCUCUGCCGCGGACGCCAUCGCCCAGUCCAUCCCACCACCGCUCCAGCACGGCCUCCGGACCCAUUCGCCCCCUGCCGCGCCCGAUGAGCUCACCAGCACCCACACGCCCACGCGCGCCCACGAUGCCCUCAUCGCGUCCGCCUCAGCUGUCGGUCAUCAUCUCUUCGGCACCCUCGACUCCGCACAUGUACGCGAAGGCAUCAACCUCGCGCAGAAGUCUGGACGACAGUGCAACCCCGCGUGCCGUUGAGCCAGCUUCGUCGGUCACGCUCAGGCCGCCUUCCGCCACUGCAUCUGGCGCUUCUACGCCGUUUUCCAUUUCCGACUUUCCUAUGCCGCCGCCUCUGGUGUCGCCCCCACCUCCAGUCGUCCCGCCCAAAUCACCGCGUCAUGCGUCCCGGCCUGCCCGCGUGGCUACCUCGCCACGCGCUACUGUAGCACUAUCAUUUGCGCGCGCGCGCCAGCGCCGAACUCGCGCGAUCCCUCCGCAGCGUGCGCCACCCCGUAUGAAGCCGCCUAGCGCGCCUCAGAGUUCCGAUUCAGAGGCCGAGGGUCCGAGAGCCUUGCCGCCGCAUUUCGCCACACCACCACGCAAGCUCGUCGUGCUACCGGCGACGCCUCCUCCGAAUCGUUCUUCCUUUGCUCUGGGAGAUGGCACACCCGCGCGCGUGCGCCCACUACCGCUACUCCCUCCACCGCGCAGCCCACCGGGUGAGGGCACCACACCAAUCAUGCGCUCUCGGAUGCCGGUUUGGAUCGCAGGGACGUCGGGGAGAGCAUCAGAGAGCGAUGAUGCGUGGACGAGCGACGGCGGCGAGCUCGACUGGGGUGCAAUCGACAACGCCAUCGAUCACGCGCUCGAAGUGGCGGCUUGUUGA